GAAUUAAACAAGACGUUCCUCUUUUUCACAGGCCGCCAAAGAUUAGAUUACCCAGAAUUAGAGAAUUUUUCUCGGAAAAUGAACCCACUUUUUCUCUCACUUCCUCUUUUUCCUCCAUAAUUUUCUUCUUCUUCGAAAAAAUUCGUCAAAAAGGAAACAAGAAAGAGAAACAAACUCCUGUUAUAAACCCCUCCAAAGCGGCAACAAAAAGAUGCAAUCACUUCUCAAUUCAUCAUCACCAUCAUCAAAAACACGACAACAGUCAUUGGUAAAGAAGCCAUUCAAAUUCAAAUUAAUCCUAACUGGCGCUAUAAAAGACGAAGAGAAUAAGCGAAUUACCAGCUCAGAUCAUAAAUCCAUGGCGACUCUGCAGAGAUUCAAGCUCCUCGCGACGCAGUGUGGCGUGGCUCAGAGCCCGACGCGGAGCCCUAGGACGUCACCGGUCGUCCACCUCCGUCGCCGGCGAUCUACUCUCCGAUCGAUGCUCCUCGGCCGCCGAAACGCAGCCGCGGCUCCUCCUCGCCGGCGUGACUCCGUUAGUUCGUUGCCGGAGAGGAGGAUUGAGGAGGAAGAAGAGAAGGCUCUGGUGAAGAGAAACAGUCUGAAGGAGUUGUUUGGUUCGGCUUCACAAUCGCCGCCAUGGGAGGUGGAAGGUGCUCGUGGGCGAAGAAGCUUCGUGAAGGAGAACCGGGAGAGUUCUCCGGGGUUUGUUGGGGUCGGUCUGGCCGGUUUGAGAAAUGGACUGGGUUCGCCGAGGCCGGUCUGGACGGGUUUCCGUUACAGGUCGUUAUUGAGGAGGGCUUGGCGCCCUGUGCUCGUUACUAUUCCCGAGUGAUGAAUUUUUGUGAAUUAUAGUUGGAAAUUUUAUAGAUUUAAAAAAUUUUGGCAAUACAAAAUUUAGAUUUUUGUGAGGUUUCCUUAUGUUUUCUUCUUUUCAUUUAGAUAUUUAUAAGAGGAGAAGAAAUCUUAUGAUUUGGGGACAUAAAUUCUCAAUCAAAGCAAGA